AUGUGCUUUUCUGAGGCAACCCAGAAUCGUCGCAGCAUACGAGCCCUCGACUCAAAGACAACAGUUCCCGAGGAGACACUCAUCAAGCUAGCCGAGAGCGCACUACUUACAACCCCCUCUGCAUUCAAUAGCCAAUCAACGCGGCUGACAAUCCUCAUUGGCGAAGAUCACCAAAAGCUCUGGUCUAUCACAGCCGAUGCUUUACUAGCAAAGAUUGGGCAGGACCGCUGGAACGGCGGUACCAAAGAUCGCAUUGCUGGUUAUUCUGAUGCCUACGGAACGAUUCUAUUCUGGGACGACCUGUCGUGCAUCAAAAGAAUGGGAGAGAAUGCCCCAGAUAUCUAUAAAGACAAAACGGACGAGUGGGCGCAACAAAGCAAUGGAAUGCACCAGUACUACAUGUGGGUUGGCCUUGAGGCGUUGGGAAUGGGAGCGAAUCUGCAGCACUACAACCCGCUUAUUGACGACGAGGUAAAGAAGGCGUGGAAUAUACCGUCCAAUUGGGCGUUGACUGCACAAAUGGUGUUUGGUGUAGCUAAGGAGGGUACUAUUUCGGAGCCGCGACAACAAAAGUUGCCACUAGAGCAGAGAUUGCUUGUAUUUGGGGCGUGUGCAAAGAUAUGA